UCCACAGGUGUUCCCAACAUGCCUCAAUACGUGAUUUCUCAAUGUACGGACGGCACAGAAAGCAGUACAUCCUUACCGAAUUGUUUGCCCAUGUCGGAUAUAACAUGGGGUCAUACUGUGGGAGCCUUUUCGCUAGGUGGUCUUGUUGGCGGUCUUGCCACCAACUUUUUGAACGACUAUUUUGGCCGACGUAUGAAUAUGAUCAUUGCUGCUUUCUGGAACAUCAUUGGUGGCAUUCUCUCUGCUACCUCGGUUUCUGUCGAGAUGUAUGCUGUGGGUCGCGCAUUUGUGGGUAUUGCAGCUGGUAUUUCUGGUGCCUCUGUCGCAAUCUACGUCUCUGAAAUUUCGACCAACCGCUGCCGUGGUGCUUUUGGUGCCUUUUUCGGUAUCUUUUUAAACGUUUCUAUUCUAAUCUCCCAAUUGUGCGGCCGAUAUAUGAGCUUUACCUAUGUGUGGCGUUUCCUGUGGGCCAUUCCUGCCAUUAUCGCUUUGAUCCAGAUCGGUUUGGUAUUCACGAUUGUCGAGACGCCACGCCGUUUAUGUGCAACCAAGCAAAAUGACAAGGCGCGCGCUGCCUUGGCCAAAUUGCGCAACUAUGGCGAUAUUGAAGAAGAAUUUGAAGCUAUUGUCGAAUCGCGUCGUCAGGAACUCAAUAUGAAGAUGGUUUCCAUGUGGGAUAUCGUCUCUAUUCAGAGCCGCCGCAUGAGUUGGAAUGCUUUUGUUGUCAUUGUCAUUCAAAUGUAUAAUCAAGUUGGUGGUAUUGGACCCAUGUCUGUGUACUCUGUCGGCUUUCUGGCCAAGGCGUUUGGUGGUGACACUGUCUUGGCUACCAAUGUCGUGCUGGCUCAAGCUGGUGCCAAUAUCGUUGCUACCUUGAUUGCCGUCUUUCUGAUUGGCUGGAUGGGCCGUAAAGGCUGCAUGUUGCUCUCGACCAUGGGUAUGACGAUCGGUUCUGUAUUUAUUGUCAUUGCUUCUGCCCUGGAAGAUCCCGGACGCUUAGGUCCCCUGGUUAUCACUGGAGCCAUUUUGUUUAGCUUUACAUACUGUUUGGGCUGUGCCAUUAUUCCCUGGCUUAUUGCUCCCGAAUUGCUCCCACUACAAGCCCUCCCUGCUGGUGCAGCCAUGGGUAACGCAUCCAAUUGGUUGUUCAACUACCUCAUCAAUACCUUGUGGCCAAUGAUUGAUAGAGAUUUUGGCAACUACAGCUUUGUGCUGUUUGCUGGUAUCAACUUUGGUGGCUUCAUAUUUAUGUUAUUAUUCAUGCCUGAGACCACUGGCAAGGGUAUUGAUGACCACGAUGCUGCUUCUACUAAAGGACCUGCAGUUGACAAUGAAGCAAUGUCUGUAGAUUCCAUUCGACAGGAUGAGAAGAUUGAACUAUGAACCCAAUAACACACACACACACGCCCUCCCUCCUUUCUCCGUAUCCCUUUUUCUUUUCGCCCUUUCAUUGUACAGUUUAAUUUAAUGCUCUGAUAAUAAUAAAAAAGUACCAUUUGUAUAGAUUCUACUUUUGACAACUACUAUCCAAUCUGUUUAUAUGACUACAGUAGAGCGUAAACUGUGAUGAAAAUGAACGGUUACUACCAUACUAUAGUAUUUCUGUCCUCUGAAAAGUGAUCUGUAUACUGUUACCGAGGUUUUCGGACUUGAGUCUUAGCUGAAUUUGGGUCCGAAGUGCAGUUUCGAGUCUUUUACAACGUUGGGUUGGCUAUUCUGUAAGCCAAAGAAGAAGAGAAUUAAGGACUUACCAUUAAUUAGAGCUCUGCUUGGUUCUUUAGAGAAAUUGUAUCUGCCGUUAUUGUACUUAGUGACAAAAUAAAUAUAAAUAAA